AUGACGACUAGGAACAGGCAAAUCCAAAAUUUCACUUCGAAUUUCGGACCUCAACAUCCUGCUGCUCAUGGUGUUUCACGAUCAGUAUUGGAAAUGAACGGAGAAGUGGUGGAACGUGCGGAACCACAUAUUGGAUUACUCCAGUGCGGCACGAAGCCGCUGAGAGGGACUGAGAAAUUAAUAGAGUACAAAACUUAUCUUCAAGCUUUACCUUAUUCUGAUCGUUAUGUUUCUACGAUGGCCCAAGAACACGCUCAUUCUUCAGCCGUAGAGAAACUUUUGAAUUGCGAGGUACCAUUACGAGCUCAAUAUAUACGAGUGUUAUUCCGUGAAAUAACUCGAAUUUCAAAUCAUUCACUUGCUUUAACUACUCAUGCUAUGGAUGUGGGAGCAUCAACUCCGUUCCUGUGGGCUUUUGAGGAGCGGGAGAAAUUGUUGGAAUUCUAUGAAAGAGUCUCGGGAGCCAGGAUGCAUGCCAGUUUCAUACGACCAGGUGGAGUGGCACAAGAUCUGCCUCUUGGCUUAUGUCGAGAUAUUGAUUCCUCCACACAACAAUUUGCUUCUCGUAUCGACGAAUUAGAAGAGAUGUCAACCGGCAACCGUAUCUGGAAACAACGAUUAGUGGAUAUUGGUACUGUCACUGCACAGCAAGCAAAGGAUUGGGGAUUCAGUGGUGUAAUGUUAAGAGGUCCAGGGGUAUGCUGGGAUUCGCGAAGAGCAGCACCUUACGAUGUUCAUGACCAAUUGGAUCCUGACGUACCAGUAGGUACCAGAGGAGAUCGCUAUGAUCGUUACUGUAUCCGUAUUGAAGAGAUGCGACAAAGUGUUCGGAUCAUUGUGCAAUGUCUUAAUCAAAUGCCUAGUGGCAUGAUCAAAGCCGAUGAUCGUAAGCUAUGUCCUCCAUCACGAUGUCGAAUGAAACUAUCCAUGGAAUCGUCAAUUCACCAUUUCGAACUUUAUACAGAAGGUUUUUCCAUACCAGAUCCUUCUACCUAUACUGCAGUUGAAGCACCUAAAGGAGAAUUUGGUAUCUUUCUGGUCAGUAAUGGAAGCAAUCGUCCCUACCGUCGUAAAAUAAGAGCACCUGGCUCUGCCCAUUCACAAGGACUCGAUUCUAUGUCCAAACAUCACAUGCCAGCAGAUGUGGUCACCAUUAUUGGUACUCAAGAUAUUGUGUCUGGAGAGGUGGAUAGAUAG